GAGGGGGUAACGGGAGAUGUGGUGAGCCUUGUUCGAAGCCGGGCAGCUCCCUCGGUUGUUAGGGUCAUUUUCAUUGACGUUUGGGUGUUCCGUUUGUUUUGUGCCAAGUAUCGCAUGAACGGGGAGGAAUCUCAUGUCUCUCUCUUGCUGAUUUCUGGGUUUCUAAGACGGGUGUCGUUUUCUGUGGUGUUAGGGAGUCUGAGGAUCUCUCUCCGCUCUUGAUUGUUCCUAAGUGGAGUAACUUCUGGGCUCCACCUCGUUCCCGGCACUGAUGAGACGUGAAGUCGGUCUGCUUCCUGCAGGCUGGCAAUUGCUGGGUUUUCUUUGCAAGAGUGUGGGGCUGACCGGUCUUCAGGGUUGCCUGGGAGCUGAGUUGGUGUUGCUAAGGACUUAGUAGUGCGGGGUGGGAAGUCAAGUCAGGCACUGCUGGACCUGCCCUGUCCCUCUCUCACCAGUAGGGGUGUGCGUAUGUUAGAGACGGACGGACAGACAGAUGGGCCCACAGAGAUCCAAUCUCUAGGUUUUCUGUAGAAAUGCUUCUGACUGCACAGUUAAGAAACUAAAACCCGUCUUUCCCCUAAGGAUCCACCUGCCUGAAUGCCUGUCUCUCUCUCCCCCUCUGGGUUAGUCCUGGGAACUUUUCUGUCACAUCUGGUAAGUCCUGUAGCCUUCAAUCUUCCCAGCUCGGGGAGGGUGGCGGAGAUGGGGGUGGGGAAGAGGGACCCUGUCUUGCAGUGUUUCUGUUUGAACUUCUGUUUUUUCUAAUCCUGCCUACAAACAGAAACUGCAACUAAAUAGACGUGGUGAAACCAAAGGCAUUUGUGCCUUGAUUGUCCCCCGGGUUCCCAGCACCAUGCCGUGCCAACUCCAACCCCUUCAAGGAUGGGUAAGACUUGCAGUGAUAAUGAGCCAUCAAAGCGAGUCUGCCUUUUUUCUUUUUACUUUGUCUCUGGUUUUUGAGACAGUCUUUGAAAGCUAACUCAUUCUAGCUACACCUGACUGCUGGCUUGCUUAGCACCUUCCUCCCUUCCCCCCACCUCUCUCUUCCCAACCUGUGGUGACCAUGAACUAGCCUCAAAGCUGUCCUGUGAGCCAAGUGCAGUGACUGGUGGAGUGUGUACAAGUGAAGGCACUGGCUUGACUUUAAGCAGGCAUCCUCAUACCCACACCUGUAGAGUGGGGUGUGUGAUGGGAGCCCAGGCAGAGUCUUCUCUGCAGGGUGCCCCCACGGGGACCCCGGGCCAAAUCAGUUAAUGAUAGCACUAGGUGCUGUGGUGCAUUCCGUGGAAGGAGAUUGCCUCGGAGGCAGGUGGCCUCUGGCAAGCUGAUUGGUGAUGCACGGUUGGUGCUUCCACAGCAGGGAUGGAGGGGACGUUAAGAAGCGGAAGCAUCUGUCAGAAAAAGUGCACAGCUGUUUCUGGCCUUUAUCAAGCCUGCUGGUUAAGUGCACGGACGGUCGGGAUGUAUUGCAGCAGAGGUCUCUUACGUCCUUGUAUCUUUCCUCCUUUGACCGUCGCUGUGUAAUUCCCUUUGUUGUCCCCUAUUUUCAUCAGAUGUUGUCGCCACCCCCACAUCCACUAAGAUGGCACCUCAUUUGUAUCUUAAAAAAAAAACCUAAAAUGCAGUUUUAGCCAAGACAAUGGGACUUCAGAAAGGUUGCAAGGAAGACUGUAACAUGUAGUGCGUGGUUUUUCUUGUCACAGAGAUCUUCCCACAGACUUUUUUUUUACAUUUAAAAAUAUUUUGUUUUGAUUUAUGAUGUAGUUCUGUAGACUCUUUGAAAGCCCCCUGCAGUCCCAUGUGCUCCUGCCUGCGUCUUGUCUUGUGAUAGAUUUAGGUUUCCGGGUCUCUUUCUAUUUGUGCAGCUCCUAAGGGAAGGCAGUGAGCAAUCAGUGAACCUUGGGCCCCUCGGGGUGCAGGCAUUCCGGUCUCUCCCAGAGGGGCCCGCUGGGGCCGAGGGUGAACGCCUUGUCCCUGGUGGUAGUGAGAUGUGUCUCCUUGCAGCGAGCUGGAUCAGGAUCUCUCUGAAGGCUUAACCUCACGUCUGCCACGGGCUCUCAGGGCCUCGUGUUUUUUCUCUUUCCAGCUGCAGGAGGGAGCCGGAGGCUAUAAGGAGAAGCCCGGAGCCCCUCAGAUUCGUGAGCUGCUUCCAGUCUGGGUUCUGUCCAACUCCCAACAGGUGCAUGCUCCGGGUCUCAGGUUUCUGCUUUUGCAAAGUGAGCUGGAUGGAAGGUUCUCUGAGGUCCCUUGGCACUCCCCGCUGUUCAUGAACUUGCACAAACUGUCACCCAGAGUUCUUGCUCCACAAUGCAGGCUGGGACGCUCAUUUCCUGAAACGUAACUGUCACCUCCUCAGUAAGUCUUGGUAUUCUCUCUGUUUCCCCUAGCAAGCGCACCCGUGAUGGAGUACAUGAGCACUGGAAGCGACAACAAAGAAGAAAUCGACUUACUGAUGAAGCAUUUAAGUAUGUCCGAUGUCAUAGACAUCAUGGAGGAUCUGUACGGGAGCCAAGAACCGGCUGUGUACGAACCCAGCCUCCUGACCGUGUGUCCGGACAGUAAUCAGAACGAAGAGCGGGCGGAUUCUCUGCUGCUCAGUGGCCAGGAGGGACCGUGGCUGUCCACGGUCAGGUACGGCACGGUGGAUGACCUGCUGGCGUUUGCAAACCACAUCUCCAAUUCGGCAAAGCAUUUUUACAGCAGUCGACCCCAGGAAUCUGGAGUUUUAUUAAACAUGGUCAUCACUCCUCAGAAUGGACGCUACCAGAUCGACUCGGACGUGCUGCUGGUCCCCUGGAAGUUCACUUACAGGAAUAUCGGCUCCAAUUUUGUGCCGCGCGGGGCCUUUGGCAAAGUGUACUUGGCCCAAGAUAGAAAGACAAAGAAGAGAAUGGCGUGUAAGCUGAUCCCGGUGGAUCAAUUCAAACCUUCCGAUGUGGAGAUCCAGGCGUGCUUCCGGCACGAGAACAUCGCUGAGCUGUAUGGCGCCGUCCUGUGGGGUGAGACAGUGCACCUGUUCAUGGAAGCUGGCGAGGGAGGCUCCGUGCUGGAGAAGCUGGAGAGCUGUGGCCCCAUGCGGGAAUUCGAGAUCAUCUGGGUCACCAAGCACGUGCUCAAGGGGCUGGACUUCCUGCACUCCAAGAAGGUGAUCCAUCACGACAUUAAACCUAGCAACAUCGUUUUCAUGUCCACAAAAGCCGUUCUGGUGGAUUUUGGCCUCAGUGUUCAGAUGACCGAAGAUACCUAUUUUCCCAAGGAUCUCCGGGGCACAGAGAUCUACAUGAGCCCGGAAGUGAUCCUGUGCCGGGGCCACUCCACAAAGGCAGACAUCUACAGCCUGGGUGCCACGCUUAUCCACAUGCAGACGGGCACGCCGCCCUGGGUGAAACGCUACCCCCGCUCGGCCUACCCCUCUUACCUGUACAUAAUCCACAAGCAGGCUCCUCCCUUAGAAGACAUCGCCAAUGAUUGCAGCCCGGGCCUGCGAGCGCUGAUGCAAGCUGCAUUAGCCAGGAACCCGGGCCACCGUCCCUGCGCUGCUGACCUGCUGAAGCAUGAGGCACUGAACCCACCCCCGGAGGACCAGCCACGCUGCCAGAGCCUGGACUCGGCCCUGCUGGAACGCAAGAGGCUGCUGAGCCGGAAGGAGCUGGAGCUGCCUGAGAACAUCGCGGAUGCUUCAUCAUGCACGGGAAGCACGGAGGAGUCGGAUGUGCUGAGGAGACAGCGUUCUCUCUACAUCGACCUUGGUGCCCUGGCCGGCUAUUUCAACCUUGUGCGGGGUCCCCCAACGCUGGAAUACGGCUGAUGGCGAGUGCCGGUGUCCGUGCGCGCGUGCGUGCAUGUGCGCAGUCAGCCAGAGCUCCUCCGCUGACUGCGUGGGUCACCUCUCAGGGAGCCCCUGCGUGGGCUGCCGCGAUGUGGCCGUGUGGGUGUGGCCUCCCGAGUGUUUGUCUUGUGGGGCUCCUCUGGGGUGGCCCCAUGUCUCAUGGUUCUCAAAUCUCAGGUGCUGGGACUGUAGGAUGGUCCCAGGUGGUUAACGACACUCCCUACUCACCCGCCACCAUUCCCUGUGCACUUUGCUCAGAAAUGUAAAAAAAGGAUGCCAAUCCCAGGGAUCCUCCACCUCACUCGUAGGUCUUAUUUAAGUGUGUGUGUGUGUGUGUGUGUGUGUGUGUGUGUGUGUUGGGGGCGCUGCUACCUUGAGCUGGAGCUAUCGAUUGGUGUGUCCUGUGUGGCCACUUCAAGCGCCUUCAUCGGGAGAGGUGAGCGCAGGCGGGAUCCUGUGUGUAUGUGUGUGGGUGUGGGUGUGGGUAUUGGGUGAGAGGACAACUUGAACGUGGUUGCAAUAGGCCCUGCUAGCGUCCCCCACGUGGCCCUUGGGCUGGGCGCAGAGCCAUCGAUGCCGGCCACUGAUGGUGGCUUCUGUUCUGUUCCUAUGGAAA